CCAUCAAGCCAAUUCACUCCCCCAAUUUGAUUCCUGGAAACAAAUCCCGAGGACUUGCUUGAGUCCCUGUUCCCAAAAUAUCAGGAUUCCCUCUAUUCCUAGAUGCUGUUUGGGCUAACUAGUCGUUAUCGGUCGAGGCACUCUAGUGAGUCGUUAUCAGUCUUUGUUUUCUAUUGAUUGAAAGUCGGUGUCUCCCUAAGCAGCUAAGCAGCUGAAGUGACGCAGACACAUUCAAGCUUUCGCGAUUCAGGCGUUGUUCUCCACUGCAUUCCCCCAGAAAUUCCAUACGGUAAUGGCACAAGCCGCCAUGACACAGCCGUUGGAUCCUAAUGCCGAAAAGGCUAUUGACGAACACCAGGACAUCACCGAGAAGGGCCCAUCCGAACCUCAAGUCUCUGAUCCCGUGGCACCAUCGGGUAACGACGCAACUAGGAUAGCAGGCAACGGCGAGCUCCCAUCCAACCCCUCCUCCUCCUCCUCCUCCUCCUCCUCCUCCUCCUCCACCGCCACUUUACCAAUCAAGCCGAUGCGCGUCCCGGUCGUAGCAAGCCCGCCAGUCUCCCACCCGUCUCACCGCGAGAGCGCAACACGGCAGAGCAUUGGCAAGCCUUCUCGCGGCAGAAUGAGUCCUCAGGCUCAGGCGUCCCCGCAGCCGACGUGGUUCCCGCGGACGAAGCUCGAGCCGUACCUCACGCGGAGACUGCGCGAGCUGCAGGAGGAGGUGGGACCGCAGCCGCCGUUGGAGCAGCUGCUCAUUCCCAGCAAGCUGGGUCGGCUGGAGCGGGAGAAGCAGGAGGCGGCUAUGGCGGCCAAGCGAGCCUCGCAGCGACGCCAGGUGGCGCUCGUGGAAGCUUCGUGGUGCCGCAUACUCGACGCAGCCGGCAUCCCGUCUUUCGCGGCGCUCGAGGUGGCGCAGCAAGCGGAGGAGGAGGCGCACGAGGCUGUGCUGGAAGCCGCCAGGCUCGGCGUUGUUCUCGAUCACGCCGCUGCCAGCAGCAGGAGCCGAAGCGGCAGUCCCCGUGCAGCCGCUGCCGCCGCCGCCGCCGCCGCAGCCGCUUCGGGCUCGGCCUUCUCGGCCGCCGCCGCCGCAGCAGCCGCCGCUGCCAGCGCCGCGGACGAUGAGCUGAUGGCGGCGUCCGCGCUUGCCGGCGCGGCUAGCUCUCGCGACGUGAUUCUGACGUCAGUGUCGACGGCGCAGGCGGUGGAGAAGGAGGUGGUGGUGGCGGUGAUGAAAGCGCUGUCCCGCGUGGGGAACAUCCGAGCCGAGGAUGGCAUGGUUGACUUCGUUGACUGGGAGGUGAAGGAGGGGGAGGAGGAGGAGAGGGAGGAGGAGAAGGAGGGGGAGAAGGAGAAGGAGAAGGAGGAAGGGAAAGGGGAGGUGUUGGGCCAGGAGCAUAGUCAUGUUGAGGCCGAGAAGGGUGACGAAGGAGGCGAAACGGGAGAGAAUGGAAAGGAGUCAGGCGAGGAGAUGGGUACGGGUACGGAAGAAGGGGAAGGAGAAGUCGUAGAGAGAGAGGCAGGCGAGCUGGGUCUGAAUUCAGGGAAGGGGGAAGUGGAAUCUCACGGGAAGGGUUCCCAGGAACAUGUGAUAUCUGAAGUACAGGCGACCGAGGCUAGUUCGGAAGCACAAGACGCUAUGAUGGCGGCAGCAGCUGCAACGGCAGAGCGGGGCGUAGCAGCGGAAGGGCCGACUGCAGAAGCGGCAGCGGAAGAAGGGGGGACAGUCGCAGGGGCAGGGGCAGCGGGAGCGGCAGCGGAAGCGCACGGGGAGGAAGAUGCGGGGGAGGCGGAGGGGAAGGAGGACGAGAUGGACGUUCCCGCGGUGAUCGCGGAGCGCGUACUUGCGCUCAACCGCAGCCAUCGCACGGCGCUCGCCGCCAUUGUGGCCUCGCGCGGAAUGGUCAACGGGCUGCUGCAGGGGCUGCGGAACGGCCGCCGCCAGUCCUUCUCCGCCUCCGCCUCCCGCCGCCAGUCGCUCGCCGCGCUCUCCCAGCCUGGCGGAACGGGUGACGCGGGGUUGGCGCAAGCGGGGGCCGCGAGCGGAUUGGGGCGAGGGGGACAGGCGGAGCGGAGUGCUGAGCAGCUUAAGGAGGCGGGAGGUGGCGGAGCAAGUGGGGCGGAAGCGGGGACUAGUGGCGGCAGUGGUGAUCUUGGGAGCAUUUUCGUAAAGAAGCUGUCACGACUGGAGAGGGAGAAGGCUGCCGCAGCAGAGGAGAGGAAGAGGGAGGAGGAGGAGAGGCGGAAGGCCAAGGCGGAGAAGAAGGGCGGGGAGAGUGUGAGUGGAGUGAACGUGGGGUGGGGAGGCGAGGGGCUGGGCAGCGGCACGAAGCACGUGCCCCGGAUGGAAAGGGAGCUGGCUGCAGCACGAGAGGCAGAGAGAAAGGCGCGAGGGGGAGGUGUGGGUGCUGCUGCACCUGGUGCUGGUGGUGGCAGUGGCGGUGGUGGGAGCAGAGUGGGGAGGAGAGAGAGGGUGGAGGUGGGCUCUGUCCCCUCCCUGGAGUCUAUGCUCGUGAAAGGCAAGAACAGGCUGCAGCGAGAGAAGGAGGAAGCGGCAGCUGCUGUGAAAGAGGCUGGGGGGUCAACUGGUGCGGACAGUACAAGCAGGGGAGGGCCGAGCGGGAAAGGAGUGGGGAGGAGGGAGAGGGUGGAGGUGGGGUCGGUGCCAGGGCUCGACAGUAUGCUGGCGGUGAAGCAUAAGAGCAAGCUGGAGCGAGAGAUGGAGGAGGAGAGGAAGCGGUGGGGGGAGACCCAGGGCGGCAGCAGCAGUGCGGUAGGAGCAAGUGGGGGGCGUGGGGGUGGGGCAGGAAGUAGGCAGAAUGGAGGGAGGAGGGAGAGGGUGGAGGAGGGGUCGGUGCCAGGGCUGGGGGAGAUGCUGGUGAAGCACAAGCACCGGCUGGAGAGGGCGAAGGAGGAGGCAGCCGCGUGGGGUAGAGGCGCAGGUGCGGGAGAGGGUGGGGACGGAGAGAGUGGGGGUGCACGUGCAGGAGGUGGGAGUGGUGCGGUGGAGGAUGCUGGGUGGGGUGGGUGCGGGCUGGCUGAUGUGCUGAAGAAGCCAGUGGCGCAGGGGGAUGCAGGAAAGGGAGGGGUCGGUGGUACCGAGGGUGACACUGCUGCUGAGGGUACACCGGACGGAAGUGGGAAGGGUGGGGUGGAUGAAGGCGAGAAUGAGAAGGGGAGUGUCGACAGCAGCAGCAGAGAGAGUGGUGGUAAUGAUACUGGGGUGGAGAAUGGGCAUUCUGAGCAGAAGCAGCAGCAGCAGCAGCUGCAGGGCGCAGGGCUGGGAGAGGGAGCAGUGAGGAAGAUGUCUAGUCUGGAGCGGGAGCAGAUGGAGGCACGUGCGCUGAGGGAGUGUGUGGGCGAGGCGGGCAACGGGGGGGGUGGCGUGAGGGGCAGCAGCAGUGCGGGCAAGGCUGGUGGUGGCAGGGCGGAGGACGCAUGGGGAGGCGUGGGGCUGGGCGACACUCUGAAGAAACACGUCUCGAAGAUGGAACAGGCUAAGAUGGCGUGGGAGAAGGCAGAAGCAGCAGCGCGUGAGAAGGCACUGAACUAGUGGGAAGGCGUGGCUGUAGCGUUAAGGCAUUGAUUGCUGCCGUGACAGCUGGACUGGACGGAUCCAUAACUCCACCUUCCAGCUGGACUGAACGGUUGACCACCCUCCACACUGUCAUCAGGCUACUGUUCUUGCUGCAACUCCUCCGAACCGUCCUCCUCUCCCCCACCUACGUACUGCAGUCCCAAUCUGCUCUUUGCUGUGGGGUUUUAACACCCACCCCUCACCCCACUCCACCUCCCCCUUCCCUCGCCUCACUCCAUCCCUGAGCUACACACUUUUUCAUCCUGCAUCCUCUAUAUCCCUCCCCACAAUGUAGGUGUAGGUGUACUUUUUCCGACUCUUAAACAGAUGUAGGUGUUGAGAAAGCUCGCUACCUAAUGCCAUCAGAUCCGGCUCUAGUUCCAGUGCUUUGACAAAGUACCUUUGUAACUUGUAUCUGUUGGAUUUCACAUUUGAG